UGAAUAUUGGGUGUAAUGCAAAUAACAAAUCACUGACGUGCUAAUAAACUGACUAUAAUAACUAAACUAACGCAAAUGACUCUAAAAUAGAAACGAUGGAAAUUUUGAAAAGGUUCAAAAAACACAAUCUUAGCGUAAUAAAGACAAUAGGGAAAGGCACGUACGGAAAUGUGUAUUUGUGCGAAAAGCAGGAUGAUACGCAUACGAUAGUAAAAGACAUUGAAUUGAACAUAAAAUUACAAGAUCAUAAACAGGACAUAGCAAAUGAAAUAAAAAUACUUUCAUCAGUGAACCAUCCUAAUAUUGUUAAGUUUUACAACUGUUACUAUAUAGAUAACCAUGUAAUGAUAUCCAUGGAAUAUGCCACUAGCGGGAAUCUAGCGGAAUAUAUGUAUAGGCGAUGUCCCAAGCUAAUAGAUCAACAGGAAAUAUUGUUCUUCUUUUGCCAAGUCUUGCUUGGUGUAAAUUACAUUCACAAAAUGGACAUUAUACAUAGGGAUUUAAAAGCUGAAAACAUACUUUUGACUGGCAAAAAUGGCGUGCUCGUAAAAAUUGGUGACUUCGGUAUAUCUAAAAUGUUAGCUAGUGCAAAAAAAACUUCGACGGUAAUUGGUACACCUUAUUAUUUAGCACCAGAGCUGUGUGAAGGAAAUCCCUAUGAUACAAAAAGCGAUGUUUGGGCACUUGGCUGUUUAUUGUAUGAAAUGUGCACCCAUAGAAGAGCAUUUGAAGCAGAGACUUUAGUGGGAUUGGUUAAGGCCAUAACAAGUGGCAGUGUCUGCCCGAUCGACUCUACAGUAUAUGAUAGAGGCAUACAGGACCUUGUGGACUCAAUGUUAUCGGUUUUGCCUGACAAAAGACCCUCUAUCGAAGAACUAAUGGGGAAACCGACAGUUUUGCCAAUGAUUUAUAGUGUUUACUUAGAUGCUGGCGAUGACGAAUAUUUAAAUUUAAAAUAUAAGAAUUUAUUAUAAUCUAAAAUAAAAAUUAAUUAAUCAGUGAAAGUAACCAAUGAAUAAUAUAAAAUAAUAAAAUUAAUAAAUAAUUUAAAA